AUGGGUCUGAGUCAUUCAUUACAAAUUCUGAAAAAAAAUGUAAUGGAAAUCGGAGCAAUCCAAGCCCUGAAAGAAGUUGCUUCUUCGCCCGAUGAAGUAGCUGCUAAAUUUGCUUCUGAAGCCUUGACUGUCAUUGGCGAAGAGGUUCCUUAUAAACUUGCUCAACAAGUACCCAAUUGGACAGUGAAAGACGUACAAUAUUGGGUCAAAAAGGUUUGA